AUGAAAAAUCAAAGGGAAACAAAAUUUAUUGUAAAAAUUAUUAUUUUUAAUUUUAUAAAAAUAUUUAAAGAUGAAUUAUUGGAAUGGAUAACACAAUUGGCACGUGUUCAGGAAUGUCUUUCUCGUUUUCGUUGUAUUGAAGCUCUUUCAUUAUUAAAUAAAAUUGAUCCACAAUUUUUGCAAAUGCCUUUAUCUUUGGAACUUCGAGCUAGAAUAUUUUUUGAAAAUGGAGAAUAUAGACGAUGUUGUCAAAUUUUUGAUGAAAUUCGACGUCUUUAUCCCCGUCGUGUACAAGGAAUGGAAAUUUAUAGCACAGCAUUAUGGCAAAUGCAUGACACUACAAAAUUGUCAGCAUUAGCUUCUGAAAUGGCAGACGUGGCACGUGAUCAACCAGAAACUUGGUGUAUUGCAGGAAAUUGUUUUAGCUUGGAAAAACAACAUGAAACAGCAAUUGAAUGUUUGGAACGUUCUAUACGUUUAAAUCAUCGUUUUGAUUAUGCUUAUUCAAUUUUGGGACAUGAAUUGAUAGAUAUGAAUGAUUUGGUACGUGCCGAACAAGCAUUUCGUAAAGCUAUUGUUUAUGCGCCAAAUGAUUAUAGAGCUUGGUAUGGAUUGGGAUUAGUUCACUUUAAGGAAGAAAAAAUUCAACUUGCUCGUGUCAAUUUACAACGUGCCGUUCAAAUAAAUCCUACAAAUACCGUUUUACUUUGUCAAUUAGCUGUUAUUGAACAAUCACUUCAUUGUACUGAUUUGGCUAUGCAAUAUUUGGAACGUGCUCUAAAACAACAGCCAAAUAAUGUUGCUUGUCGUUUUCACAAGGCAAGACUUUUAUUUGAUACAGGAUGUUAUGAAGAAGCCAAAACAGAAUUAGAAGAAUUAAAAGUACUAUCACCAGAUGAGGCACAUGUAUUUUUCCUUUUGGGCCGAGUGAACAGAAAAUUGGGAAAUACACAUUUGGCAUUACUCAAUUUUAGUAUGGCAACUGAAAUUGACCCACGUGGAGAGCAAAACCAAUCAGUUUUAACUACAAAUAAAGAGCCAUAUGAUGAUGAACCAAUUUAA